AUGGUUACUGACACCUUUUCAUCUUCUUAUCCUGUCAAGCUGAUCAACAAAGAGUAUCACAAGUAUAUGGAAACAGAGGAUUCCAUCAUACAUACCUACAGGAUCACUCCAGCAGAUAUUGGCAAGAAUCAGGCCAUUCUCCAGGACUACGUUGAUGCCCAGGGUCUGGACCGUGGUCACUUGAGUCCCUGUGGCCACCAAAUUAAUGAGGAGUACAAGAACUCUACCUUCACCCUCACCAACAUAGUGCCCCAGUACAGCAAACUCAACCAGGGUGCCUGGAAACACUACGAGGACACAACGAUGCACCAGAACACCCAAGGCUGUGAUACCACCUAUGUCAUCACGGGUGUUGUGCCUGGGGAGGACAAGGUCCCCAGUCAGAGGGUUAAUAUACCCAGCCACAUCUGGUCAGCUGCCUGCUGUGUGAAGGGAAAAAAGCCCAUAAAGGCUUGGGGGGCCAUCGCUCAGAAUGAGAGAGACGUGAACCUGGUGACUAACCUCAAGCUGGGGAAACUGGAGGAGAUGUUGACCAAGUUCUACGGGGGGACGGUGGUUACUCUGUUCAAGAAUGAUUGUCCCCGGCAGAUGGAAAAGGCUCAGGAGAUUUUCUAACAUGUCACAGAAUCACAGAAUCACAAAAUGGGUUGGUUUUGAGGGGAGCGUAGUAAAAUUCAUGUAUUUUGACCUGUCUGCCAGGGGCAGGGACACCUUCCACUGCCCCAGGUUGUUCCAAGCCCUUCCCAGCCUGGUCUUGAACAAUUCCAGGGAUGGGGCAGUAAGAACAGCUCUGGGUAACUUUUGCUCUAUAUACCACAGCCUGCUCCCAGGAAUUUGCUCCUUUAGGGUAUGCCCUCUAACCCUGCCCUCCAUCAGUGUGAAACCAUUCCCUCUUGUCCUGUCACUCCAUCCCCUUGUCCAAAGAGCCUCUCCAGCCCUCUUAGACAUCCUGUAGGUACUGGACUCUCUGGAGCCUUCUCCAGGCUGAACAUGCCCAGCUCUCUCAG